AGGUGUGGUUCCAGUGAGAUGUGCGGCACAGAAUAUCACAGUGAUCUGCUAGUCACCAUUACUCAGCUGUUUCUGGUUAUCAGAGCUGGCUUCUUCAGGUAGUCUAGAUUGAUGGCAUUCCAUGGCUUUGCGAAGCAUUACAACCCCCUUUUUUCAUGGUAAGGUACUUAACUGGUGUUAACUGUGUGUGUGUGUGUGUGUGUGUUUGUUGUGGAGGAAAAAGUCUUCUGAAUUAGGUUUGAGGGUGUUGAACUAUUUCAGAGUUCUAAUGCCCAAAUAGCUCUGAACAAUUCAUACUAAGGAACUAAACUGAUUUCUAUACAAGGCUUUAUUUUACAACAAUACAAACAGCUCAGUAGAGAUGCAGUAGUGUGUGUCUGUGCAGAGAAGGAAAAAAACACUUUAAAGUAGAAUUACCUAUUAUUUUAUACCAUGAUAAAACACAGGGAGGGGUUCAGUAUGUAAAGGGUGGUCUUGGUUUUCUAUGCCUCUUCCCCUAAAGGCAUAUAUGGAAGGUCCAGUAAAGUAUAUCUAUUACAAUAAUAUAUGCAGAAUAAAGAAACAGGAAGACUGUUGCAUAGUGGUCAGAGGCAAAGGGAGGUGUCCCUUUGUAUCCCUAACACAGGUUUUCUGGAAAAGUGAAGGUCAGGUGAAGAUUUGUAUGCACCAAGGUUUCCCUCAAAGAGUUAUACAAACGAUCUUAACCUACUCUAAAUACUUUGUUUCAGUGCAUUGUUUAUGCGUUAUGAGUGAGAAGCGGUAUCGUAUCUGCUAUGUCCUAGAACAGUCAAAGGCCUGGAGUAUUCAGUAACUGUUGUCUGAAGACAAUUAAAAAAAAACUUCUACUUUCCAGUAAAUCACAGAUUGAUUUAAUUUAAGACAAGAAACAUCCUUCCACAUUGGGAGGUGUCAUGCAUGUGAAAAGUGCUUUUGGGCACGAUUGGUGUAGUUUCUAGAACAUUUGGAAAUCAUUGUGGACAUCAUAGGCAUGUGGAUCAUAGAAUAUACUGAUAAACCGCUUUCGUUGUUUGUGUUCUGGUGGUUUGUCGUAGGGUAAUCCUUUCCUUGCUCUGUAUCUGUACCUAAUUAUCGUAACCCAGGCAACACGAGGACCAGUUUAGCAUCUUUUGAAGUUCUUUGCGUCUCCUACUUCACGUACACCCUGUUGCUCCUCGUCUUCCUCCUCUGGCCCUGUACUGAGUCCCUCCCAUCUUCCACGUCUUCACACACGGACACUCCUUUCGCACACACCUCAUUGGCACACCGCUGCCUGCCAGUGCGUCAAACACCUGCUGUCACACUCCAGUACCGAGACUUAUUGGGGAUCCUCACAUAACCUAACUAGCAAAAGCUACACCUCUCUCUCUCAGCGGGUGGGUCAUCUGGCAGGAGCAGAGGUGACAGUACUGCUCACUCGCCCAUGCCUGUGUUGGCAGAAGGCUUCACGCAGCCGGAGCCGAAGCAGAAUGAGCAGCGUGGCCCUCUGCGCAUCUCUGUAGGGGGUCUUCCUUUCCUGGGUUCCAUGAGCAACACGCUGGACCCCCGUUUUCGCAUCAAGUGGCGUGCCAUAGUGCUGAUGGGCGCAGUGCUGGCCCUCCUGCUGCUGCUCUACUUGCAGCUAUCCCCAGGGGGCGCCACUGGGGCACUGCACAACCCCAACUGGGGUCCACACGUCCCCAUCGACUUGGGGAAACUCUACAAUGACACGUACCCUUUGUCAUCGCCGGAAUUCACUCCCGAAGGCAUGCGUUACCGCAUCGCCGUCAUCGCUGACUUAGACACGGCGUCCCGACAAGAGGGGCAGAAGAACACCUGGAUCAGCUAUCUGCGGCGCGGCCACCUGCUGAUGAGCGAGGGGGCGGGCCAGCCGCAACUCAGCAUCCAAUGGGAUGCAGACAGGGUGGAGCUCCAGACGCACCUGGCGGAGAAGGGGCGGGCAAUGGAACUGUCGGAGCUGGUCGUGUUCAACGGGAGGCUCUACAGCGUUGAUGACCGUACGGGCGUGGUCUACCAAAUCGAUGGCAACAGGGCUGUACCCUGGGUCAUCCUGCCCGAUGGGGACGGAAGUGUCUCCAAAGGCUUCAAGGCGGAGUGGCUGGCUGUGAAGGAUGAGCAGCUGUAUGUUGGGGGUCUAGGGAAGGAGUGGACCACCACCUCAGGAGAAUUUGUCAACAAUGACCCCCAGUGGGUCAAGGUGGUUGGAUUUAAUGGUGACGUCCAGCAUCAGAACUGGGUUUCCAAGUACCAUCUUCUGCGCUCUGCUGCAGGGAUCCAGCCUCCAGGUUAUCUCAUCCAUGAGUCUGCAGCGUGGAGUGACACGCUGCAACGCUGGUUUUACUUGCCGCGAAGAGCCAGCAACGAACGCUACGAGGAGACCGCAGACGAGAGCCGCGGCACCAACCUGCUGCUGAACUGUUCUCCGGACUUCCAGAACAUUCUGGUCAGCCGCGUGGGCCCGCUCGAGCCGACACACGGCUUCUCCUCAUUCAAGUUUGUGCCUAACACCGAUGACCAAAUCAUCCUGGCUCUCAAGUCGGAAGAAGACGCCGGAAAGAUAGCGACCUACAUCCUGGCCUUCACGCUGGACGGGCAGAUCCUGCUGCCUGAGACCAAGAUCGGAGAUGUCAAGUACGAGGGGCUAGAGUUCAUCUAAGGUCAUUGAGGCCUGGACAGCAAAAGCAAAAUAUCACAGUCCAGCCCUUCAUGUCGACUGUGCAGGCGAACUCCACUGCACCCCACUGAGAGCUUCUUAGAUGAAGGAUCUGAGAGGUGAACUCUGGUUCAAGUCCACAGCUUGAAACCUACCUAACCCACCACUCCUCAUCUCAGCCCCACAGCUCAUUACUUGAGCACCAUGCCACAGUCACAGACACAGCCACAACAUCAGCACAGAACACAAAGCUGCUGCCACGGCCCAACCUUCAUCAUCAUCAACACCAUCAUCAUCAACAACACCAUCAACACCACUCACACCACAACUCAAUCCAGAGGGCAGCCAAGGACACUCAUCAAGUAAAAACUGUCUGUAGUCAUUGUAACUGUUGGUCACAUGACCAUGUUUUUAGCUACAUGAGUUUCACUGUGUUCAUGCAACCUUAUGAAGUCAUGUGACAUGUGACUGGGCAGCUGAGCCCAGUAGUACUGUAUUGACUUCUUAUAUUGAAUGUAAGAUUAGGAGAUCGGUCUGAUACUCUGAACAUACUGAUGGGUGCACUGAAGUACCAUGGUGAUUCUGAAUGAAUUUUAAGUUUACAUUGAAUGGCAUUUUUUCAUUUUUUAUUUUAAUCCUGUAUGCUUUUCCUAUAUUUAACAUUAUUUUUGAGCUCUCUUUGAACUCAUGACUCUCUGAUGCACACAUACAAACUCAUAACCAUACCUGUUAUGGCUUUGGAUCAUUAGUUCUCGUCACUACAUGACAUACUUAAGCGUUCUUCGAUUGGUGGCUACAGAAGAGCCCAGAGACCCUAGGGUCUGAAAAGUGAUAUAAAGGUUAUCACAGAGUGGGUUUUUUCCUGAGAAUUUAAAUACCGGGCCAAUUUUUUUAAGGCUCUAGAAUUACCUUCAGAGGUUCUACCAAAGACCCGUUUUUAGUGAAACGAUUUUCUUUCACCAUUUUAUUCCGCCUACUUUUUUCUUUGUUCACCAUACAAUAGGUUUGUGAAGAGCAUCAGAGGUGAUAAAAAAAGGUUAAAAGAAAAUUGUGUGUGCACAACUUGUUUUUAUAAUGAGUGUAUUAAUGUGUCACAGUGGAGUGUUUUAUGUUCCAUUUACCAGGGGUUUUACCUUCACUGUGCCCUAAUUACUGAUGCUCUUUAACACCAGAUUAUCAAUGUUUAGUUUUCCACUUUAAUCCAGAUUAAAAAUUUAGAUGAAAUAUAAUACUUAAACAUAUGUGCAACAUUAAAUUUGAAACUCUUGUAUGAGACGGAUCAUUACGUUUUUUUAACUUAAUGCAUAGCUCAAUAAAUCCACCUAAAGGGCCA